GGUGGCGUCUAGCGCUCCAUAAAGGGACCGUGGGGGCCGCCUCUUCUCUGCGCAGGCGGUGGCCACCGGCGGGAAACACGUCGCGAUGCCCGUUCACUGCCAGCAGAGCCCGGUGCUGGCAGGCAGCGCCACUUUGGCCGCCCUGGGGGCGCUGGUCCUGUACCUCGCGAAGCCCUCCGGCUACGGGAAGUACUCGGAGAGCGUGAUGCCCGCGGCUAUCCGCCUGCCCGCCCGUGCCGCCUGGUUCCUGCAGGAGCUGCCCUCCUUCGCGGUGCCCGCGGGGAUCCUCGCCCGGCAGCCUCGCUCUAUCUUCGGCCAGCCUGCGACUGUGCUUCUGGGCCUCUUCUGCGCACAUUACUUUCACAGGACAUUUGUUUACUCAUUUCUCACUAGAGGGAGGCCUUUUCCAGUUGCAUUCCUUUUCAGAGGCUUUGUCUUCUGCGUGGGAAAUGGACUCCUCCAAGGCUACUACCUGGUUUACUGUGCUGAAUAUCCUGCUGAGUGGUACACAGACCUACGGUUUAGCGUGGGUGUCUUCUUAUUUCUCUUGGGAAUGGGAAUCAACAUUCAUAGUGACUAUAUAUUGCGGCAGCUCAGGAAGCCUGGAGAAAUCAUCUAUAAAAUUCCACAAGGUGGCUUGUUCACCUAUGUUUCGGGAGCCAAUUUCCUUGGUGAAAUCAUUGAAUGGAGCGGCUAUGCACUGGCCUCUUGGUCCCUCCCAGCACUUGCAUUUGCAUUUUUCUCUCUUUGUUUCCUUGGGCUGCGAGCUUUUCACCACCAUAGGUUCUACAUCAAGAUGUUUGAGGACUACCCCAAAUCUCGGAAAGCCCUCAUUCCAUUCAUCUUUUAAAGAAACUAAGU